AUAUUUUAGUCAGUGGAGACAAUGGAACAGAUUAAAAGGGCAAAUAAACUGUUUACCAAUGAUUGCAUAUUUCUGAAGAAAACUUUGAACAUCCCAGUUAUUUCAGAGAAGCCUUUGCUGUUUAAUGGACUUAACUCAAUUGAUUCUCCAGAAAGUGAAACUGUCCACGGCCUUUUAUCUCACAAAGAAGGGCUGGUAGCAGUUGUGGAAGACCCGCCUUCUCCCAGUCCUCUGGCAUCUCCUGUUCAGCCAGUGCCGCCCGAGGAAGUGUCAGCCAGAGAUUUCCUGCAGAGACUCGACUUGCAGAUUAAGUUAUCAACACAGGCAGCCAGGAAACUAAAAGAAGAGAGCAGAGAUGAAGAUAAUCCCUAUGCAACCUCACUCUAUCAUAGCUAGAUGAUGCUAUUGCACCUGGAUUAAGAGAUAAUUGAAUCAUAAGGAAACCAACAACUGAAGAUUCAAAAGCACCUCUUUUGGAUUCUCAGAGUGUACAUCUUUAAAUCACAAUUAAGUAGUUCCAUUGCAGUUGCACUGAAGUGAUUGGUUCCCUCUGGCUUUCUAUAAUUUUAAGUCUGCAUUAUGGCAUGAUAACAAAAGCUCAUCAUUUUUGUAGGUGCUGGUAGUUUUUGAACUUGCUUUUGUAAAUACUAGUUGACAUAAAGCAUCAAAAACUACUUACAUCAGGGGUCCUCAAACUACGGCCCGCGGGCCACAUGCAAAUACAAAUAUUGUAUUUGUUCCCAUUUUGUUUU